AUGUUUUUCUUCUUCAUAGGUUUAAGACCCAUGAACAGGUCAGCAACACACAUUCACCUUGUGACUGAGUUUAUUCUCCUGGGGUUCCCUGGUUGCUGGGAGAUACAGAUUUUCCUCUUCUCACUCUUUUUGGUGGCUUAUGUCUUGACGCUGCUGGGGAAUGGAACCAUUAUCUGCGCAGUAAGAUGGGACCCACGACUGCAUACCCCAAUGUACUUUCUGCUGGGAAAUUUUGCCUUCCUUGAGAUCUGGUAUGCUUCAUCCACGGUUCCUAACAUGUUAGCCAACAUUCUCUCCAAAACCAAGACCAUUUCAUUUUCUGCCUGCUUCCUCCAGUUCUACUUCUUCUUUUCCCUGGGCACAACUGAAUGUCUCUUCCUGGCAGUAAUGGCUUAUGAUCGGUACCUGGCCAUCUGCCACCCACUACACUACCCCACCAUCAUGACUGGGAAACUCUGUAGAAUUCUGGUGUCUCUCUGCUGGCUUACUGGAUUCCUUGGCUACCCAAUCCCCAUUUUCUUCAUCUCCCAACUCCCCUUCUGUGGAUCCAAUAUCAUUGAUCAUUUCCUGUGUGAUAUGGAUCCACUGAUGUCUCUGUCUUGUGCUCCAGCCCCCACUACUGAAUUUGUUUUCUAUACCCAGAGCUCCCUUGUUCUCUUUUUUACUAUUAUGUACAUUCUUCGAUCCUAUACCUUGUUGCUCAGAGCUGUUUUUCAGGUCCCUUCUGCAGCUGGCCGGAGAAAGGCUUUUGCCACCUGUGGUUCUCAUUUAGUUGUGGUGUGUCUUUUUUAUGGGACAGUCAUGGUAAUGUAUGUGAGUCCUACAUAUGGCAUCCCAACUUUGAUGCAGAAGAUCCUGACAGUGGCAUAUUCAAUAAUGACUCCUCUCUUUAAUCCCCUGAUUUAUAGUCUUCGUAAUAAGGACAUGAAACUUGCCCUGAGAAACAUCUUGUUUAGAAUGAGAAUUAGUCAAAAUUCUUAA